UUUUUAUUGCAUGUCGCGAACCCAUCAAUUAGCUUGCUGCUUUUGGUUUUUAGAGAAAUAUCUACUUUCUGUCCAGACUAGUUUUAUGCUUGAUUUGGCAUGAUGCGAAUAAUCGCCGGGAUAGAUCCGCACCUACGUUUCUGUCAAUCGAGAGUCUGGCGUCAUUCCCCAUCUUCACUCCAAUUACUAAGCUUGCUUUCAAAUUCUGGCACGCAAUUCGAGUGUAGUAGGGCGUAAGGUUGUUCGUUCCGGCACUUAUAAGUCAGAUCAAGGCAACGUUCUGGUAGGUAAAUUUUGGUCCAAAAAGUCACAAGAAUCUGCUCUCUCUCUGGACACUCCUCUGUCCUCUUGCAUAUGCUUUCUGUAGUUCGGCAACUCAAGAACUCAACCAGUCUGAUCCAGAAGCUCGCAAAACCGAGUGCUAGCACGAGUUUGCGUCCUCUACAUCUUGAUCAUAGAUUCGUCUCCACCAUGACGACUGCGACAUUCAAGUAUAUUGACCCGACAUCGUAUACAGAUAGCUCAGAGCCAUUUAUCAAACCAUGGUCGAAGGUGGAUGGGCCUGGCUGGAGCUUUCGCCUCGUUGAACAUCAGAGAGACGUGGAGAAUCUGAGAGGACAGGAGGAAAAGUUUACCACGGAUAACGCUGGAUUUGCUGUGUACACAUCGCCGGCCAAGGAGAAGACGUUCACAGACGAUGAAGCCGUUAGGAAAGGCUACUACAAGGAAGUGGAGGAGCUGUUACGAGAGAAACUUCCGGGGGUAAAGAAAGUCGUCAUUUUCGAUCAUACCAUUCGACGAAGGGAAAAGUCCUCGCCUCGCCAGCCCGUGCAGCAAGUGCAUGUGGAUCAAACUCCGGCUGCUGCUGAGGCGCGAGUGCGUCGACAUGUCCGUGAAGCCGACGUGGAGGAGCUACUCAAAGGUCGAUAUCAAAUCAUCAAUGUCUGGCGACCCAUACAGAAUCCCGCGUCAGACUUUCCAUUAGCCGUGAUCGAUUGGCGGUCUACGGUUCCGUCCGAUUUUGUGAAGGUGGACUUGCUAUAUCCAAAGCGGCAACUGGAUGAGGACGACGAUGAUCGUGGCAAAGAGGUACUCCCCGAUCCUGCCUCAACUACGUCGACCGAGGGCUACGAGAUCAAAGGUGAAACCUAUGCGGUCAGACCGAACGAUAGUCAUAAAUUUUACUAUUUGAAAGACAUGACACCAGACGAGGUUAUGUUCAUCAAAUGCUUCGAUUCCCGUGGCGACUCGUUGCCUCAAGGUAUCAAAGGCAUCGCUCGAGCUACUCCGCACACAGCCUUUGUUGACCCCAAUACUCCAGCUGAUGCGCCUGGCAGACAGAGUAUUGAGGUACGUUGUUUGGUCUUCUACGAAUAAAACGCAAGUUGGAGAGUGAUCGUUACUGUCAUAAGUUUGACUUUGCAGAUAGAUCGCGAAUUCGUUUUACCUUAGCGAAAAUUUUUACUGUGACAGAGGUCGUCAAGCUCAUCCACAUGUCCUUCGCAUUACAAUUACAUAAUCUAAAAUACACAUCAGUUAUACCAUCAAUUAUCGUGUGGUUCGUUGGCUGAAAUCACGAGUGUUGCUAAUCUCUCGCUUCUUAUCGUUGC